GGUGCCGAGGAGGGGGUUACUGAUUGGCUGCGGCCGCCGUCUGUUGGUGUUGUGAGAGGAGAGCGGGAUGCGGGCUUGAGUUGCCCGUCAAGCGGCGGCCUUUUGCAGUCGGCAGCGAGCUGCCGCGUUACUUACGUCCGUGUAAUUUAUUUUAAUUAUCAGGUGGCUGGAGGAACAGCGUGGCGUGGGGCCGAUCCCCGCCGUGUGUCGGGUCGCCCGGCGGCCGCGGCCACCCUGCGGGGAUGUCGGAGCCAGGUCUUCUCAGUCAGUUCGUCAAGGUAACCGGGAGGCCGCAGGCCGGGCCGCCAGGCUCUAAGAAGAAAGUCAGAUGGUUCCCCGUUAGGAGACUCUUCGCCCAUCCUUGCCCCAGUCUCAGGAUUCCUUACAGGUUUUUAAAGACAGGUCACAUAGCUCCACCUGCUCGAAGUGGGCACCGCUGUGUAGCAGAUAAUUCAAACCUUUAUGUGUUUGGAGGCUACAACCCAGACUAUGAGGAGUCUGGUGGUCCAGAGAAUGAAGCCUACCCGCUUUUCCGUGAACUCUGGCGUUAUCAUUUUGCCUCUGGUACUUGGCAGCAAGUGGGUACAGAAGGAUUCAUGCCCAGGGAGCUAGCAUCAAUGUCAGUUGUUUUGCAUGGUAAUAACUUGUUGGUGUUUGGAGGCACUGGCGUCCCCUUUGGCGAGAGCAGUGGGAAUGAUGUACAUGUGUGCAACGUUAACUACAAACGAUGGGCGCUGCUUAACUGUCGAGGGAAGAAACCCAACCGCAUCUAUGGGCAGGCAAUGGUGAUCAUAAACGGUUACCUGUACAUAUUUGGUGGGACAACUGGUUAUGUUUACAACACAGACUUGCACCGAUUAGACCUUACAGCCCGAGAAUGGAUACAGCUGAAACCAAAUAACCCUCCUAGUGACUUGCCAGAAGAAAGGUACCGACAUGAAAUUGCACACGACGGACAGAGGAUAUAUAUACUAGGUGGGGGAACAUCGUGGACAACCUAUCCACUAGAUAAGAUACAUGCCUAUAACUUGGAGACUAAUACAUGGGAGGAGAUACAAACAAAACCACAGGAGAGAACAGGUUUCCCAGCAGCUAGAAGAUGUCAUAGCUGUGUACAAAUAGGACAUGAUGUGUAUGUCUGUGGCGGAUAUAAUGGUGAGGUGAUACUUGGGGACCUGUGGAAGCUCAGUUUACAAAAUUUCCAAUGGGUUAAACUGCCUGCCGAAAUGCCUGAGCCAGCUUACUUUCACACUGCAGCAGUCACCCCGGCUGGCUGUAUGUAUGUACAUGGUGGAGUGGUCAACAUUCAUGAGAAUAAGCGGACUGAUUCACUCUAUAAAAUCUGGCUAGUGGUGCCCAGCCUGUUUGAACUUUGUUGGGAGAGGUUACUGAAGAGCCUUCCACAGUUAACACAGUUCUCCACUACACAGCUGCUCAAUCUUGGACUUACACAAGGACUUGUGGAGAGACUUAAGUGACUGCUGGUGAGGGGAUGGAGGGAUACACUUCUGCAAUAUGGGUGACGUUGGAGGAAGCUGCUGGGAAGAAUACUCCUCAAGGCCUUAUCUGCCAUAAGUGUUGGAUGCCUGUUAUAUUUCUAAACAUCCUGUCACCUUUUGCAUCAAGUGCCACUGACUGAUCCCAAUUUUCCCUGCUCCUCAAGCCAAGUGGAGCUUGCUUUACAAUGUUGAUUUUAAACUUCCCCUUGCCCCAAGGUUGCUCCAGUUUUCAGAUGCAGAACAGACUGCCUCUGAAUGGGGCUAUGCUUACGAUUCCUAGAAUUUCCGUCCAGUUAUUUAUCAGUUUGAAAGAUAUUGGUGAUGGCUGCUUUUCCCUCCCACAUGCCAGUUUCUUUCAAGAGCCCUGUAUUCUGGCAGGUCUUUUGUUGUUAUUCUAACUUCAGUUGCUCUCAGACCUGCACAUGUCCAAUAUUUUCUGUCUUGAUCUUGAAUUUCCACCUUUUGCUUUCCAACACAACCCCAACUGUUUUUUAUUAAAUGCAUCUCAGCUUGGGGAAUUGGUAUCCCCAUGCCACCAAUCUUCCAUUUAAAUCUUCUUCCCAGCAAGAGCCAAAAAUCCAGUGUCUGCCUUAAAUGUUGCUUUAAUCACCAUGAACUCCUUUUUGCAAACCUAAGGAAUCUACUCCAAUCCUACUGGAUGUCAAUUGUCUAAUUGUUUCAGUCAUGCUGAUUUUGUUUAGUUUGUUUUUUGUGUGUGUGUACUUUUUAAAAAAAAAUGUAUUAUUGUUCUUGGGUAAAGGAAAGCAUCCACAUAUUGGACUAACCAUACUUCCUUGGUUUCAGCUUCCUUUCUAUGGCCUAUAAUUGAGUAGGUGAUCUGGGUCAAUGGAGUUCUGUCCUAGAUCCCCAAAAUUCAAACCAAUGCCUAUUUAAUUGAUGUAGGGGUGCUGGUGUGAGUUGAGAAAUCCAGGAGAACUGGGUGAACAGUGGUCAAAGCUUCCAGUGUGUUGUGGCCUUUUUUCCUUGCUCAAUGUACCCACUACCCCACUGCUGUUCCCUUUGCUGAGAUGUUUCUCUCUGUCUCUCCUUCCUCCACUUGUCAGUACUCUUCUAUGACUCGCAGUGAAAUUUGCCAAAUUCUUACUUUUGCAAAUCAGCUCACACUUUUGUUUUGGACUGUCAGUUCAGACACUUUCCCCAUCCUGCCCCAUCCAAUGUAACUAUUGGAAGUAAGUUUGUGUACCUGUCCUUCAGUUUUAGCUUUCUUUUGUGACUUACAUUGCUCUAUUCUUGGCUGGUCUGCUCAAUCUCAUCUGUGAACAGUGCUGUCCUUUUAUGGGUUCCUCUCUAUCAUGAGCCUUUGGUGGACAAUGCACAUUAGUUCUGUAGUAAAUCUUGUCUAUGAAAGUAGUUAAGAUCUCAUUGUCUUGCUCUUAGGUUUUGAAUACUUCCACUUGUGAUAUCUUUAAAGCUCUUGCUUGUGUCAAUCAGCCAGCCAUCAACUCCUCAGUAUUGUAGACCUUGGCAUAUGUCUUGUGAACAGCUGGGUAACAGUAGCUAGUAAAUCAAUUAGAACUUUCACAACCCAAAAACAAAAAGCAGCAACAGGGUCUCCGGUGAGUGCUGAGGGGGAAGGAAAUCUGAUCAACUAUCUUACCAGUUGCCAAAGGUGAAAGCUAAAUGUUGGCAUGGUACCAGUGCCUCUCGUGGAGAGCAUUUUUGAACCUACUGUUCCCUGAAUGUAGAUAUCAGGUUUUGAACUAUUGGCUUCCUUGAAAGGGGGACUAUUUUAAUGAACGUUUGGAAUUUUAAACUCUUACUAGAAGUUGAACUGAGCUGAGGCUUUAUUCAAGAAACCCAUUUUAAAAAAGAUAGGAUCAACGUAAAAGUGGGUUAGUUCCUUUUUUUAAAUUGUUUGGAUGACCAGAUUUAAUUUUUUUUUAAGGUUUUCUUUCCCCCUUUUGUAAAAAUUAAUAAAAGCAUGAUUGAAUCAA